AUGGCGACUCGGCCUAAUUCUCUACAAAAAAAUUCUCAUUCGACGGAAUUGAUUAAUGGCGACGGAGAUUUCAAUGAGUCGGGUUUCGUGGACUUCAUCAGAGGCGCUGCCGCCUCAAUUCCGGUCAUUGCCAUCGUCGGGCCGCAGUCCAGUGGAAAAAGUACCUUGAUGAAUAAUCUAUUCGGUACAAACUUUGGGGUAAUGAAUGCACAGACUGGAAGGAGCAAGACAACGAAUGGGAUAUGGAUAGCAAAAGCCCCUCAUAUUGAGCCCUUAACUAUCGUGCUUGAUUUUGAGGGUACAGAUGGUAGAGAGAAGGGAGAGGAUGAUACAGCAUUUGAGAAGCAAAGCGCCUUGUUUGCUAUAGCAAUUGCUCACACUGUCAUCAUAAACAUGUGGUGCACUGAUGUUGGCCGCAAUCAUGCUGCGAAUAGGCCUCUUCUGAAGGCUGUUUUUGAGGCUAUGCUAUCACUAUCCAUGUUUAGUCCUCAGAAAACAACUCUUCAUUUUGUGGUACGCGACGGCAACAACAAGACAGGGACCCCCUCGAAAGAAUUGGAGCGUAAUUUGAAGGAGGAUAUAGAGAAGAUUUGGGAAGAGACUCCCAAGCCCCCGGGAAACAAGGGCACUCUUCUCACUGACAUCUUCAAUGUGGAGGUUACCGUGUUGUCCCAUUAUGAGUUUAUGAGAGAUGAGUUUGAUAAAGAGGUGGCCCAACUCCAGAAGCAGUUAAUUUCCCAUAAUCUUGAUCUCUCGAAAUCAAAACUUUCUUUGAGCAGUGCCAAGAAAAUGUGGGAUAACAUCAAAAACCAUAAUGAUCUCAACGUUCCACCUUAUAGGCUAAUGUUUGCCACAACGCGAUGUGAUGAGAUUGCCACGGAAAAGUUGGAGCUCUUUAAAUCUAACCAGGCUUGGUUAGAAAUAGAAGAAAAAGCAAAAACUCAACUUGUGGAGGACUUCGGUGCAAAAACAAACUCUAUCUUGGCUAAGUAUCUCUACGAAUAUGAUUUGGAAUCUAAGAAUUUUGAAAGUCGUACGACUAAUAGAAGGUUCGAUGAAGUACAAAAUGUCAGAACCUCUAAACGCCAAGAUAUGACGUUAAAAGCACUAAAGAUGGUCUAUCCUGCUUAUAUGAAUACGUUGGAUCAUAUUCGAUCCGAGACAUUGCGAAGCUUCAAGACUCAAUUCAAUUUACAAAAACCUUCGAUGUCUGAAUUUGAGACAUAUAAGAUAUGCCGUGGCUCUUCUAUUGUGGAGCAGUUUAAUCAGCAAUGUUCAGCUUAUGCUACCAUAGAGCAUGCAAAAUGGGAGGAUGAAGCUUCAACUGUGCGCGAACAACUUCUCCGUGAAAUAAAAGAACAUGGGCUAAAUCAUCUACGGGCUUAG